UGAGGAGCAAAUGUUGACCAUAACACGGAGCGAGAUGCAGAGGAUGAUUGCCGAAGCUGUAGCUGCCCAAAUCAAACAAACACCAGUCGAGCAACCCAGGGUGGAACAACUCCGAAUCGAGCAAGCUAGGAUCGAACAACCUCAAAAUGAGCAGCAACCCCCUGAACGCGAACAACAGGCACAAUCACAUGAAAGGCAGAACAUGAGGGUAUAUGAGGAGGAGUCCUCUGUCAGAACCGUUAAUCCACAAGCCAAAAACGACACGCUGGAGCAGCUGUUAGCGCAGGUCCGAGACCUGCAGGCUCGGGUGGAAGGAAGAAAAACGGGAAGCUCGAGGGGACACCCUUUUUCACAACAUAUUCUAGAUGUCGACUUGCCUCAGGGGUUCAGGGAGCUCAAUAUCUGGUAUGACGGUUCGACUAAACCCUCUCGACAUCUCAGAAGUUUUGAAAACAUGGCAGUAUUGCACCGUUAUAAUGACCCCGUUCAGUGUCGAGCGUUCAUGACGACCCUGCGAGGACCAGCGCAGGAUUA